GAACGGCCUCCUAUUGGUUGAACCGCGGGGUCCUCCUAUCCUAUUGGUCGCUUCUGGGGGGCCUUUCAUCCAUUCGUCGCGCUGCGGGGUUGGCUCAGCCGUGCCGGGCGGCAGACAUGGAGCCCCGCGGCCGUACCGCGCCCUGGGGCCCGGCGGGCGGGCAGGAGCCGCCAGGUCCCGGCUAUUGGAACCCCGCGCAGCCCCGAGCGUUCGGCUUCGGGCGUUUUCCCGGCGGAGCGGACUCGCAGGGGCGGCAGGGCAUGGAUUCUCACUACACCAACGGAUCCUACACCACCCCGUACCCUCCGGCCGCUCCGCAUUACACAGCACUGCCACAGACACGAACCUACAGCUGCUCGGGGCCGUCCUACAGCACUGACAGCACGGCCCCGUACCGUCCUCCUCCUCCUGCCCCUCCCUGGGGCUGUGGAACACAGGACUGCCCGGCAGAGGGCUGCUCACUGCGCAGGCAGCAGCCUGCUGGGUACUCCCCGCCCCAGACCCCAGGGAUGCCUGUUCCACAAUAUCCAUAUGGAGACCACAGCCCCGGGGCCAACCCACAGCCCAGGGCACAGGAAGAGGCUUGGGCUCCCCCCACCUACGGGGUGCAGCCACAGUAUGCGUGGCCCACAGCUCCAGCACAUGGGAACCCAUUCCUCUCUGAAUCACACCCGCCCUGGACUGGCAGUGGGGCUGCAUCUCAUCCUCCUGCGUGGGAAUCAAAGGAAUCUGCUUAUGACAAACCUGAGCAAAGUGCAAACCAACACAGCUACUAUUCUGACAGCAAUCACCAGCACUCUGGGACAACGAAUGACCACAAGCCACCCACUCUGCUCAAUGCCAAGUCAUCUCCAUCCAACCCCAAGGUGCAGUACAGUGCACAGCCUCAAAUGUACAACAGCACAACUCGGAGGCAGUUGGCUGGGAACCAAGAGGCAGGCUGCAAAGCUGGCAACCACACUUCAAUUAAUUCUGCAACCAUCCAGCCAGAGAUUCAGAGAAUCCUACACGUCACAGAGCAGGCUGAACAGCUAGAACAAGAGGUGGAUGAAUUUGUAGGAAAAAAGACAGAUAAAUCCUACCGGCUGCUGGAGGAGAUGCUGACCAAGCUGCUGUUAGAACUGGAUUCCAUUGAGACUGGUGGGCAGGACGGCGUUCGGCAGGCCAGGAAGGAAGCUGUCCACAGGAUUCAGGCUAUACUGGAAAAGCUGGAAAGGAAGGGAUUGUAAAAGCAUAUCAGCCACAACACAGCCUGUUGUGGAGGUUCCAAAGAGUUUUUCCACAUCUCAGCUCUUUCUGCUAAGCACUAUUGACAAUGAAAAAGCAAUAAGUCCUGAUUUGAAAGAAAAAAAAUAAAAUAAAAUAAAACCCAAACCCACAGGAAAGCCCAGCCCCAACCAACAGCUUGGCAGUGGACCAAUUAAGAGAAGAUGAAAGCAGCAAACCGAGUUGUUUGUACUGGGAUGUGAAGAAGCAGCACCACCUGAGGUGCUCAGCGCUGCGGGGCCCUCUGGGGGUCUGCAUCCUUCACUCAGCACGAAGAAAAUCACUGCACAAAGUUCCCCAAACCAGGCCCAAUCCAUGGUACCGCAGCACUUGUCACAUUCGUCACCGUGCAGCCAUAAAUGAAGGCUCUUGGUUGUCCAUCACUGCGUGUGCUUUCAGCUUCAGAUCCCUUGCCACAAAAGCUGGUGCGUGUCAUCCCAGGGUUCUUUUUGUUUCCAGUGCAUUCCUGUGGCUCUGCUGAUGUGCUGCAGACAGCAGCUGUUGUGAAGCUGUCCCGUGAUGCUAUGUGGAUGUGGGAACACAGCCUGGAACUCUGAAUUCUUCACCUGGAAAAAGAGAGGUGCAGGCAGAGCCGUGCAGCAGCGCAGCCCUGGACAAUGGGAGGUGCAGAAAUGCUUUUCAGGUCGCGUGGGUCAAAUCCACUUUUUAAUUGUUAACGCCUACUGUUAACCUUCUGGUUACAACAUGUUAAGCGAAUCAUUGCUGUGUGUAAUGAGAUAAUAAACCCUGAUGGCUUUUAAAUGUUA